GGCGAACGCGUCCGACGGAGCACGGGGCUGGUCCGGGCCUCUGGAAGGGCAAGGGGGGGUUUCAUCCGAGCCGCGGAAGAUGGCGCAUUCCGUGGUCGAGCGGCCGCAUCGACGGCAGACGUGCCAAUGAAUCGAGAGUGGCUGGCUCUAACCACACCCUACUCAUGCAGCCUACACGGGCAGGCACGGGGAAAUGACGACAGACUAACACGCACUUCGGGAGCCAGUGCUCGGCUACCAUAGUCAUUCUUCAGCCACAGGAACCAUGACACACGCCCUGGUGGCGUGCGGUCGCAUCUGGUGCCGGUGCCGGGCGGUGCAUGCCGGAUGAGCCUGGUGAAGGUGGUGGUGCUGGGUGCGCCGGCGGUGGGCAAGACGUCCAUCAUCCACCAGUUCGUGUGGAGCGAGUUCAGCGAGACAUACACGCCCACCGAGAGCCGACGCACUUACCACCCAUCGGUGGUGGUGAACGGACGCCUGUACGACCUCCAGGUGACGGACCUGCCCGUGGUGCCGUACUUCCCGGCCAACUCGUUCUACGAGUGGAGCGACUUCCGCUACUGCGGCCUGCGCAGCGCGUCCGCCUACGUCCUGGUGUUCGACCUGAACGCGCCGGAGACCUUCCAGUACGUGAAGAACAUGCGCGAGCAGAUCUUCGAGUCGCGCAACAUGCAGGGCGUGCCCGUCUUCGUGGUCGGCAACAAGCACGACCUGGGCGAGCCCCGCGAGCACCGCGAGGUGGCCGGCCUCGUGAAGAAGCACUGGCGCUGCGGCUACGUCGAGUGCUCGGCCAAGUACAACUGGCACGUGGGCCUGCUCUUCCGGGAGAUCGUGCGAGCCCUGGACGACGGGGGAGGACUGGGUGCGCGUGGUGCCGGCGACCAGGGUCGGAGGGACCGCUGUCGAAUCCUAUGACGCCGGCGAUCGGCGUCGAUGUGAAGGAGGAGGAGGAGGAGGCAUCGCCUGUAGCCACUCACAGUCUUCGCUGCGGUAAAUGGCCGAACUCUUCAGAAACGGAACGGCUUGUUUCCGGAGAUCGCAGGCGCAAUCCAUUGAGUUUCUCGGGUGUCAUUGUCGAAGAACCAUCAGUGAGCAGCGCCACGAAGCGGCAGCGAACAGUAACAGCUGCCAAAUCCUUGGCGGAAAAAAAAAUGAAGAGAAAAGCGGACAAGCAAGGCGUAUUCUCAGUAGCACAACUGACCUGUCUGUGUUAGUGCGAUAGACUUCUCGGCGAAGAUGGCGGUAGAAUUUGUGGGUGCGUCGCUUGAGUCGGUGAAGUCAUCGACUCUUUAUUUUAGAAACUGCAGUGUACACACUGAUCUACUCCUCUCAACUUGUCGUCAGGAGGCACUGAUCUCGAAUUCCUCAACACCGGCAGUCGGGCAUGUGAACACGAUAUUUGGCGACGCAAGCUAGCGGCGGCCAGCGGCUCGAUGCUCCAGCCUUUCUGGUCAACAAAGCCGAGUUUGCAAAAGUAUUUCGCGAGUCACAAGGGUGGCUAGCUUGUUGGUUCAAAUGCAGGAGUUAGUGAUUUUGAAACUUUCCGUUGCGUUGUUACCGUCGUCAAGACUACGCCACCAGUUAGUUUUUACCUUUCCUCUCUCCCUGUAGUGUGCAAUAAUUAAGGUGUCUGCUAAUUACCGCGGUAUAGUGACGCGUUUCCCGUUGUGCGUAGUCGUAUAAGGACGACAAAUUGUGAGAAUAUUACCAAGUGCGAAUGGUAUCACUCGAUGCUCAUACGGCUUGAAGAAGGUCUUUUACAUUCUUUUGGCUACGACCAGCAAAUACAUAUUGGCCCGUAACAUAGCUCUAUGAUGACGCAGUGGGAAACUAGGGCGCCGGCAAUCGUGAAGGCAACCACAGGGUAGAGUGUUUGCGCCAGAUUUGUUAUAGCCUGUUUGAAUUUAGAACACACAGGCUGGCUUUGAUGUUGUGCUGUUCGGUGAAAUAACAUGAAAGGCCGGUGACAAGCAUCCUCCUUGCACAGAGUGUGAUUUAAGAAUCUCCUUUUGUUUCAGAAAAGAAGUUUUUUUUGCAAGGGCUGUGCAAACCGAACGCCAUAGAAUUUAUAUCAGUUCACCAAAAUUAGCUUCCGCGUGAACAUUCGUCAUCCUGUCGAUCACCAUAUGUCAUACUGGCAUAGAAUGUGCAGGAAAAAUAAUUCUUCAUGCCCGCUACGCAAUAUGGAAACCGCUUUCCAGGGAUGUUACGCAAUGUGAUCGCAGAGACGAGGCUAAGAGAACGAAUCACUAAAUUGUAAUCUUUAUAUAACUCACGCUAUUUCCCAGCUUGACAAGUCUUCACAUAAAAAACAUGAUUCCAAGUAAUAAUAAUGUUUGCUUAAGCUUUACGACGUUGUAAGGCAGUAUGGAGGUUUAAUGUUGCAAAGGAUUUAGGACGACUCAUCGCACGACGCACGCUUCAUAAAUGUGGUUUUAUUGUCCUUACCAGUUGAUAAAACAACAUUCGCCCUACUUUCGCGCGAAACGCCAAAACGGACAAACGCGAGAACCGGCGUAGCUACUAGCGGGGCAUCCGAACCUUUAUUAUGCGUCAUUGGUGCAGGUAUGCCAAAUAAAAAUGGGACGUCUCAAAUAAUUUUAACUAUGCAGGUAUAGAUUUACUCGGGCGUCAUUUCUCGCGAUGCGUAGGAGUGAGCCAUAUAUGGUUCAAAAAAGCAUGACCAGAGGAGUCACGGUGAUUGUGUAGAAUAAUCGCUUCUGUAGUCAUUCUACUCGGGACUCGCAGUGAUGCCUACCAUCGUCCACCGAUGGUCAAUAACGAAAAAAUAUAUCGCCAUCAAAAUGCAGCGAACGUUGUUGUCGCCUUAUGUGUGCGGCAUUAUACAGCUCAAAGAUCCCUCACAUGAUGCUAUUUAACAGCAAGGUCAAGUAGUGGUUGCUAAUUCAGGCAAGAGGCAGGGCGUGGUCACCGUUUCAAAUCGUGGUUGGCCACUUCAUGCGUGAUGAAUAAUACUUACGCAUGGAAAUCAUAAAAUAGGACAAGAAGACAAUAAUUUGAUCGACAAGCAUUCUCUUCUCUUUAUUUAUGCUUUGUUGUCAAUUUAUUGUGUUACUGCUUUCUUCUCGGCUAGUCUCUGAACAAAUGUUCCAUUUCAUGCUGUCAAUAUGCUAUCAGGCACGAUGAAAGUUAGAGCUGCGCGUUGCAUCGUGGAAUUUGUGUCGGUCGUAAUCACAGCGCUUAAGCUGCUUCGAAUUAGAACUGCGCUAGCAAGUGAGAGAGAGAACCACGCUGUUGUUUUCAUUGUACGACUUACUUUACGAGCACAGACCGUUUCAACAAGUGUCACACUACCCUGCAACCACUCCAUAAUAGUUUGCGUAUGCCUGUUAGUUAUGCACUGUAGUGCUACGCCAGCCUGUUAACACAGCAGCACUGAUUACGUUGUUUGCUGCAUAUUCACUCUUGUUAAACCUAAUCUAUGAGCGCCGUUUUCAGACGGUUGCGAUGUUCGAAAUGUCUUUCGCAGUCUAAUUUAUUUCUAUAGGCAUAAUAUUAAACUGAACUUUUGUUAUAAUAGACUCUUCUUAUAGCUGCGCUCACGUUCAUUGGCAAGCCCUGUCGGGAGAGAACGUCAGUGAUUCUCAAGGUGAUGACGUAACGCGGAGAGAAGUUGGCUUGUAGUUCUCUUGCUAGAGGAUGGCGGGUGUGUGUCCGAAGAAGUUGUCAAAAGCCGAUUGUCCCUUUUGAGUGAACGUGGUGGCUGGAAGAAUGUAGACAAUUUCAACACUCGUGAGUGCACUUAGCUGAAUGCGUGGAGAAUGGAACGGAUGGGUCUGUAUAGAAUGAAACAGUGCGUAACAGUUCCACAAUGAAACCCAUGUGCCCUAUAACUUCCACAUGUACUAAUCUGAUAUCAUUACUUGGGAUACUAUGCAAAUAAACGCGUUCCCUUGUUUUGAUAAGCGAUUACUGGAUGCGGAGGCUGUGGGACGCGUGGCAUUUUUAAUAGAAAAGUAUAUGGUUUGGUAGGACUACAAUCUGUCGCCUUAACUGCACUUCAUUAUGGGCCUAUGGAAUUACGGCACUGCUUCACAGGCUCUUACUAAGGAAUUGUGAACCAUUCUGACAAAAGCCAGUCGCACUGUAUUGACUUUUCAUAUUUUUUGGCACGUCGGGGGCACCCAAAGACUCCAAGACCUUGCUCAUAGUUUCGAUGCAUGACAGAUUUGAUGAGUCAUGCGGUAACAUGCAAGUUACUGUGCACAGAAUCACUUACUGCGUCUUUGAAUACACUUUAGCGUGCUGGAUUCAGCGCUGUAGGGUUCUCAUCUUUAAAUAGGAAAGCUCAUCUCAAAAGGAGUGGUUGGUAACUGUACCUGUUUUUAGCCAGACGUGUUUUUAGGUGUGUAUGUGCAGAGCGAAUGGUCCUACGUCCACGGUGGAACACUCGCAAGAUGUUACUCGAGUGAAAUGAAGGAUAUACACUGAGACGUACACUUUCAGUCUUCGUUGUUACAGCUUUGUCCGCGGACGCCAUUUUAUUGUUGAAAGAGAUCUAAAUUCGCAAAACCCUCACUGCCGCUGCUCUGGCGCGAUAAAGCACAGUGUCUGAAGCCAGUUGUUUUUCUUACGUGUGUCCUGCCUGUGCGUAGCGAGUUUCGUGCCAAGUGUAGGUCGUUUGGUCAAAGUUUAGCGACAAUCCCGAUAGUGAAAACUGCCCGCAGCUCUUUUACAUUAUGUGACGUUGUCAAUCGGGCGAACAGAGAGAACUGCAAGCAAAAAAAAAUGAUUUGCGAGAAUAUUUGAAUCGUUUUAUGCAAGUUAUGGUAAAGUUAAGACAAAGCUAAUGACCGAGUCCUUAAGAUGUGAUUGAGUCGUGCAGACGACUAUUGUCAUUGUAUUCAAGUUAUGAAGAUUCUGCAAAGUUCCUUACCACUGUGGUCAAUCUUUCGUCUGGUUCUAGCGUGGCCGUAGCAAUGUGAGAAAUAUACCAAGCACUCCCAUUAAUUACAUACGCCUCGUCGGCGGAAACAAUCGGUUGAUGUCUGGUACAACUCUCUUUCAACAUGAAUCCUCUGUGGAUCGAAGCGACAUUUAGCGAGGCUAGUAUUUUUGUAAACAGAAGUGACUGGAUGUUCCUACGUGGGUCUUGUUUUCCGACAAAGACAAGCCGUGAUAUCUGAGUGACGUAGACCGAAGGAAAUAAAUGAAGUGGUUGAA